CCGCUCUUGUUAACAGAUAAUGCUUCCCUGUGGUGGAGAGGAGUGGAAAACCAAGCAACUACCUGGGCAGAUGCAAGUCGAUUGAUAAGAAGUGUAUUCUCUCCUGCCAAACCGGAAUUCCAAGUUUACACAGAGAUAUUUGCUGACCGACAAGAACCGAACAUCCCGAUUGACGGUUUCAUUUGUAAAAAACGGGCCCUUACCAGCCAACCGCCAUGAUGAAGAGACGAAACUCGACAUGAUUUAUGGCCUGCUGACAGUUCAUAUUCGCAAGCAUGUUCCUAGAGAAAAAAUAAAUACUUUCGACCAACUAUUGGAAGAAGUUAGAAAAAUAGAGAAUAUACAGUACGAAGAAACAGUAGCAUCCAAACUCGGACAUGUAAAACAAAAUACCGAUAAAUCGAAGUUAGUUCGAUGCAGUUUCUGUCAUUUUCGUGGUCACUCUGUCAAUGAAUGCAGAAAACGCCUAGCCAAAUUCACAACCCAAAGAAACACUACCUGCACUAAAGCAAGAGGCUUCCAAAAUUUCAUGUUAUGGUUGUGGAAAACCGGGCUAUUUUAGAAAUAAUUGCCCUGUUUGCUCUCAGAAACAAUAUUCUGA